AUGUCGGUUCAGUACAACGACAACCCGCCCUCUGUCGACCCAUAUGCUGACGAGUACGGCGCUUCGGCUCAGUCUCACGCUGAACCUGGUCGUGUUCGUUCUCGCAGCCCUGUCCCACGCUCUCGUGAAGGCUACCGUAGUCCUUACCGUCGUCGGUCUCCUCCCCCAGCCCGUCGUGCAGCUGCUGCCCCUCCAAUUGCGCCAACCCCUUCCAACGUGCUUGGUGUAUUUGGCCUGAGUAUUCGCACUCAAGAGCGUGACCUUGAUGACGAGUUCAGUCGUUUUGGCCGCGUUGAAAAGGUCACUAUUGUGUAUGACCAGAGAUCAGACCGCUCCCGCGGCUUUGGUUUCAUCAAAAUGUCGACCGUCGAAGAGGCUACUCGCUGCAUUCAAGAGCUGAACGGGGUGGAGCUCAACGGCCGCCGAAUUCGUGUCGACUACUCUGUUACCGAACGUCCCCAUGCUCCAACUCCAGGCGAAUACAUGGGCCAUCGUCGUGCUACUCGUGACUCGUACGUGGGUGGACGUGACAGCCGCGACUCUCGAGACUCGUACCGCGAGCGCGACAGGGACCGCGACCGUGACUACCGUGACAGGGACCGUGACUCGCGCCGUGACACCAAGGACAGAGACCCAUACGGUCGAGAUGGCGGCAGGGGCGAUUGGCGUGAGCGCCGUAGUCCGCCUCCGCAAUCAAGGGGAAGGUACUCACCGGACAGACGCCGAAGGUCUUACAGCAGAAGCCCACCCAGAGGAAGCAGCCCUCGUCGUGAAUAUGAUGCCCCUGCCGCAGCUGCCCCGGCCGACAGUCGUUGGUAA